AUGCCGGACCUCCCCACCGGCCUGCCUCCUCCACGCCGCCGUCGUCCACGUCCUCCACCACGAGCACCACUGCCCUGGACCCUACUAACCCGCCGUGUGCCGCGCCCCUCCUUUCUCUCCCUCGCCCCGUGUGAUGGUGCUGCUGCACUGCGGCCGCCCUCGCCCGAGCACAACGCCACUCGCCCCGCUCGCCCCCGCAGCCACUGUUGCCCUGCUGCUCGUCGGCUCCGCCCCGCCUUGCUCGCGGCAGCGCCCGCCACCGGCCGCUGGUGCCGCGCCCGCCACCGGAGCCCCGCCUCCGCCCGCUGUUGCUUCGGCGACUGCCGCAGCCCGACCAGUUCCUCCCGCGCCCGUCGUUUCCCCCACUCGCUUGCGUGCCAGCACCGGCAGGAGCUCCCGCCUCGCCGGCUAUCGCUCACACCCCCGCUGCAUCCCCGUGCUACUGCUCACCGCUGCUUCCUGCGCGUCCCCGCGGUGCCCGCGCCGCCGCCCCUGCGUCGUCCCCGCCACUCACAGCUCCCCGCUCCGCUUCGCCUCACUCCGGCCGGCCGCCCCCCCUCCCCCCGCGCGCUCACCUGGCCCGCGCCCGGCGACCUCUGGCCGCCCCGCCGUGGCUGCGCCCGUCGCUCCCUGUCCGCCCCGACGAGCGCCUACGCCCGCACCCGCGCCCGUGAAGCCAACGCCUGCUAA